UUAUAGGUGUUUGUUUUGACCUGCCAUUUUAAAAAUUAAAUCAAAAUGCCAAUAAGACCAGAUCUCCAGCAAUUGGAAAAAUGCAUUGAUGAUGCUUUAAGAAAAAAUGAUUUCAAACCUUUGAAAACACUUUUACAAAUUGAUGUUUGUGAAGAUGUGAAGAUUAAAUGCAGCAAACAGUUUUUCCACAAGUUGGAUGACCUUAUAUGCAGGGAACUUAAUAAAAAGGAUAUCCAAACUGUUUCAAUCAUUUUGAUUUCUUUUGGAAGAUGUAGCAGGAAUAUCAGUAUUUUGGGGCAAGUUGGACUUAUAACUUUGAUAAAACAAGGACUAGUCCAAAAGAUGGUUGCCUGGUUUGAAAAAUCCAAGGAGAUAAUUCUGAGUCGAGGAACUUCAAAAGAUGAAGCUCUUUUAAAUAUGAUAGAAGACUUAUUUGAUCUUUUGAUGGUCGUAUAUGGCAUCAAUGAUGAAGGUAAAAAGCAAGUAGUGGAAAGUUUCAUACCUCGAAUUUGUGUCCUGGUUAUUGACUCAAGAGUGAAUAUUUGUAUUCAGCAGGAGACUCUAAAAAAAAUGAAUGCUAUGCUUGACAAAAUACCUCAAGAUGCCAGGAAAAUACUCUAUAACCAAGAAAUGUUAAUUCUCAUGAAUAGUAUGGGAGAAAGGAUUUUAGAUGCUGGAGAUUAUGACUUACAAGUAGGUAUCGUAGAGGCUUUAUGUAGAAUGACGACAGAAAAACAAAGACGGAAACUGGCAUGUCAUUGGUUUUCAAUGGAUUUUAUUGCUAAUGCAUUUAAAGGAAUUAAAGACUCUGAAUUUGAAACAGAUUGCAGGAUUUUUCUCAACCUUGUAAAUGGCAUGCUUGGAGACAAGAGAAGGGUCUUUACAUUUCCUUGUUUAUCAGCAUUUCUUGAUAAAUAUGAGCUGCAAAUACCAUCAGAUGAAAAACUUGAGGAAUUUUGGAUAGAUUUUAAUCUUGGGAGCCAGACCCUAUCAUUCUACAUUGCUGGAGAUGAUGAUGAUCAUCAGUGGGAAGCAGUCACUGUGCCUGAGGAAGAAGUACAAAUAUACUACAUUAAAGAGAAGGAAUCGAAGAAGCUACUGACCAUAAUUCUGAAAAGUAUUUUAAAAAUUAGUAACACAGAAGGGAAAGAAUUGCUUUUGUAUUUUGAUGCUUCGUUAGAAAUCACUAUUGUGACAGAAAAACUUUUUGGUGCAAAUAAACAUUGGGAGUAUACCAGCAAACAAGGUAUUUCAAUUGCCCAAACAUCUGUGCAUAUACAUUUUGAUGCAAGUGGAUCACAGAUUCUUGUGCCAGAAAGUCAAAUCUCACCUGUUGCAGAAGAACUCGUUAGUUUGAAAGAAAAUCCUAACUCCCAAAAGAAAUGUCCUAAACCUCCAGAAUACAUCAAAAAUAAUACUCAAGGGGACAGGAAAAACAGUCAAUCUGAGAUAUUUACUCCUGGCAAA